AUGAUAGAAGCCAUAUGUGCUGGUAUGUUUAAUCAUAUUGUGCUUCUUACUGCUAAAAUCAUUUUCCGCUUGAAACUUAGAUUGAAAGAGCCUCGCUUGCAAAGUGGUACUUUGAGUCAUUCUGUUGCAAAUUUAGGUUCUUUAGUUGAUAUCAGAUUGGAGGGUAAUCAUAUCAAUGGCGUAGUGCCUAGUAAUUGGACCAGUUUGAUGAAUAUGAAAUUGUUUGAUCUGAGUAGAACAUUUUUAACAAAAUUUAAAACACAAACUACCAUUCCUGAUCUUCAUGUUCUGAUAUCUACACCAUUUCACCCUGCCUAUGUUACUGCUGAAAGAAUUAAGAAAGCUAAGAAUUUAGAGCUACUUUUGACUGCCGGAAUUGGUUCUGAUCACAUUGAUCUCAAUGCUGCGGCUGCUGCUGGUUUAACUGUCGCAGAGGUCACAGGAAGCAACACAGUAUCUGUUGCUGAGGAUGAGCUCAUGAGAAUUCUCAUUUUGGUGAGGAAUUUUGUGCCUGGUUACCAUCAGUCUAUUACAGGAGAAUGGGAUGUUGCUGGCAUUGCACAUAGAGCCUAUGAUCUUGAAGGAAAGAUGAUAGGAACGGUGGGUGCUGGAAGAAUCGGGAAGCUUUUACUCCAAAGGCUGAAACCUUUUAACUAUAACCUUUUAUAUCAUGAUACACUUAAGAUGGAGCCUGAAUUGGAGAAAGAAAUUGGAGCUAAGUUUGAAGAGGACCUCGAUACAAUGCUUCGAAAGUGCGAUGUAAUUGCUCCAACAAAGUUACCAGAUACAGAGAGAUGGUUAGAGGGAUUUGCAACCUUAGAUAGACGCCUUUUGCCUCCAGAAAGCCACUAG